AUCCACAUUAAAGUGUUCACGGAAGAGUUUCACGCCACUGCUUUCGUCCCCCCACACCCACCCACCCAUCCGUGGACCGAGCUGUAGGAGAGAGUAGCCAUGCAGCACUGCCAUCCUGUUGCUCCAACGCCAGUGGGCCAGUCCUGAUGAGGGGGAACAACGUUUCUGCUGCUGCUACUGCUGCUGCUCAGGCUCGCUAGGCUGUGUCGGUGAAGGCGCUCAGGAUGCAGCAAGGAAGCUGAGGAGGAGACUCCCCGAGCCACAGCCUGACAAACACAAUCACACACAUCCAGAGCUGCUGCUGCUGCUGCUGCUGCUGCUGCUGCGCACUGCCCUCCAUCAGGGGAUUUAUUUUUGCAGGAUGGCAGCAAAGAGCUCAGCUGUAGCGUACAGGUUGUGGUGCUGAAGUUGAGUGCUGCAUUGACUGGCAGCAGUGAGCAAACCAUCCUGAGUACUGCUGGCAUGUUGCUUCUCCCAUGCUGGGGGGACUCUUUAGUUGGCCUGGACCAUGAGCAAUGAGUCUACCGUCUGGAACACCCUACCAGAAAACUCCACGGAGAUCCCAUUCAAGGCCAAGGAGCAACAGGAUGGCUAUGUGCUCAUCCUGGUGAUCCUCUUCAUCCUCCUGGUAGGAACGCUGAUCUUCAUCUCCAUCCUCCUCAUCACCUGCCGUCGCUGCUACCGGGGACGGCGAUGCUGUGACAGGGCCAGCGAUGACCCAGAAAAACCCAACGCCACCUACAUGGAGGAGGCUCAGCCCACCCAUGCAAUCACCAUCAGGGUGGAUGAGUCAGACUGCCUGUCAAUGGGCAGCGCUCACGAUCAAGAGACGGAGCGCUUCCUCUCCACGGGCACUAUGGGCCGUCGUGUCUCCUUCAAUGAGGCAGCACUCUUCGAUCAUGGCAAGAAAGCCCAGGAGAAGGGCCGCAGGUACACUCUGACCGAGGGUGACUUUCACCACCUGAAGAAUGCCCGCCUCACGCACCUGCACAUCCCUCCCCCAGCCCUCAAGAUAGUAACCAUCCAUGAGUGCGACUCAGCCGAGAACACCAUCACCAUGACAACACGUCCUGUCACAAAGUCAGCGCUUUCCAUCUUCCAGCCAAUGCUUUGCCCCCUUCCACAAACAGCACUGACCAGUCGGAGUGUCAGUCCCAGCUGUGCUCUCCCUGAAGAUACCCUCAACUCUAUGGUGGACACCAGCUUCACUGAGAACACUGUAGCACUCAGCACGAAAGAGCCCACCUACAGCUCUAUCGAGAUGAUGGGAGCUGGGCCUCGGGGCAGAGGCAGCAGUGUCAGUGUUGGAGAAGGGGCCAUGGUGGGCGGCAGUGGCGCUCUUCCUCCUGCCGCUGCUGCUGCUGCUGCUGCCGGUGGGGGUGGUGGUGGUGCAGGAAGCCAGGGCCCGGUGCUGCAGUUCUUCACUAAACUGCGACGCCAUGCUAGUUUGGAGGGGGCUAGUCCCUAUUUCAAGAUCAAGAAAUGGAAGCUGGACAGCAGCCAAAGAGCAUCGAGUCUGGACACCAGAGGCUCUCCGAAGAGACGGCAGUUCCAGCGCCAACGAGCCGCCAGUGAGAGCAUGGACCAGGACGACAAUGACGCACACCACAUAGACCUCAUCCAGUACAUCGCCCGCACGCAGGACGUCGUCUACUGUCCCAGCCAGCCCGCACGCCUUCUCGCCCCGCCCUCUACACCACCCCCCUCCCUCGGCAGGGUAGAGGUAGAGGUGACGGUGGAGCCCCACUGCAGCCAUGGAGGACCAGGGGUGAUUGGCCUUUCCCCUGAUCCCCAAGAUGAAGCACUGAACCUGGCAAGAAUGGAAGGUGCAUAUCCCUCAGACCCCCAAGACCCCCGUGACCCCCAGGAUCCCCAGUCACUUUACAGAGACAUCUGGACCCUCCGUGCAUCCCUGGAACAGUACGCCACCUCGGACCACAGUAGCAACAAUGACAGGAACUCCAUCUGCAGUGACGGUGACAGCGUAUGCUCAUUGAGUGGACGCACAGAGGCGGAAAGAUUAGGGCUUCCUAGCAACCCGUCCCAGGAUUUAGGUGAUGAAGCAGAGGUUGGGGAGGACGACAAGGGUUUUUUGAUGUGUGUGGAUGAGAAGUGGGGCAUGAAGGAGGUGAAAAAGAGGAAACAGGCCAGCACAGAUUCAGAGCGAGGGGCCAGUGACGGAGAAACAGGGACUCGUAAACUGCUGCAGAUGGACAGUGGCUAUGCAUCAAUAGAAGCUCCAUCUCGAGGUCCAGAAGACCUGCGACUGUUUGGAAGCGGUAGCAUCAGCAGCAGCCCAAAGGACAGGACAGCACACGAGAAGAGGCACCACUUCACUCAUGCGGGGCGAAGUGGCACUAUCGGCGACAGCUUUGAGUCUCAUCUGUUUGAAGAGGAGCCAGAAGAUGAGCUGUUGUUGGGUGCGAGUGGAGGAGUUGCCAUAGAAACAGGCGCUGGUUCGCUGAGCUGGUUGCCAUACGGGCAGAUGCUCACGCCUCGAGAUGUUGCACAACUUUCACCUCAACCACCAACCCUACACCGACGAGACUACAGCAUAGACGAGAAGACAGAUGCUCUGUUCCACGAGUUUCUCCGUCACGACCCUCAAUUCGAUCAGCUGGAGUCACCUCUAAGAAAACACAAGUCCCGUGUCCACCUCCGUAAGCAGUGGCAGCGGCACAAGCAGUGGAGCGACCCGGGCGUUAGACACCUCCAGUCGUCCUUUGAGAGACAACGGACUCCAUUACGGAGGGGGGAGAGUGUAAAUUACCCACUAGACACAAGUUACCACAGCACCCUGCCUCGCAUCGUCAGUGCUCCUGAUGAGGAGACCAGCGAUGGGACAGGCAGCAUUCCCGACACUCCAAAGGUAGAGCCUACAACUGCGGAGGAUGGAAGCAAAGAGAGAAGGCAGGGCAUCACUGUCAGAGACACUGAGGACCACACGUCCUCUCCAUUAGACAAAAAUGAAAGGCUGGGGGAGCAGCUUGACCCUCAGGAGGACAGCAAACAGUCAGGACUCCCGCCUGAGCCUCCGGACGAGCGCUCGCCACCUCGACCGCCUGAUUCCUCAGGCUUCGGCCCGCAAACCAUCACGGCAGAGCUUACGGACAAACUAACUGCUAGCCUGGAUGAGAGGCUGUACACUGGCCUUCGCAGGACCAGGGACACGGCCGCCGAGUGUGUGACGGUGACGGCCACACACGCCUCUCCAGACAACAGCCCAGUGUAGCUCAGCUCCGUUCAACUUCCCUGUCAACUUCACACCAACGGACACAACUGAUUUGCCUUUCCUCAGAUUAAAUGUCUCUCUGUGUACAAUUUGAACGGUGUGACCCAGACCCCGAACAAAAACAAUGGAAAAUGCUUUAAACCAGUCGAUAAUCAAACACCUAUUUUGGGGAUAAUUAGAUAAAAGUGAUCCAGUAAAAAAAUGCAUCCAGUCUCUCUUUAUGCCUGUUAACAUUCAGUACCUGUUCAUUGUUGUUUUACAGUAAAAACAUUAAAUUAACAUAUCAAAAUAAUGGCUUUAGUAAUAACCGUCUGUCCAUUGUUUUUGUGUCUGUAGUCUAUACACUGUCUAUUCCCACAUUUCUGCAGCUGUUACUCCAGUCUCUGUUCUAGUGUAAGCUUAAAUGAAACUG